GCGACCGUUAGCUGGGGCCGGGUGAAUGCGGUACCGACGAGGAGUAAAUAUCUGACCGACCGGCUGAUGUGAAAAGUCACGAUACCACUAACAGGCAGGGUUUCCUCUCCAACGCUUUGACACACACACGGGAUAUCAGAAUGAGAAUAUGUCAAAAGGAUGAUGGGUACGUCUGAUUAGUGAGUGCGAUACGAGCCUGUGAAUACCCGUGGAGCCUUGCUUGACCCGUGGAGCUUGAUUGACAGCAGUGUCUACAUUUCAACUCCCUCUGCGUGGCACACUCACCAACAACACCGAGACUCUGAAGGAAAGACAUCGCUGAGGGGUUAGACACCUCCCCAUCACAUACUUCCCGGGCAGACCCCUUCAGCAAAUCACCUCACCCUCACCUCCCCUAGAGGGAGAGAACAGCAGCCAGCAUGGUGCUGUCACAGAGACAAAGAGAUGAACUAAACCGAGCUAUAGCUGACUAUCUCCGUUCCAAUGGAUACGAAGAGGCCUAUUCCACCUUCAAGAAAGAGGCAGAGAUAGAUAUGAAUGAAGAGGUAGAUAAAAAGUAUGCUGGGCUUUUGGAAAAGAAAUGGACCUCAGUUAUCAGAUUACAGAAGAAGGUUAUGGAGUUGGAGUCGAAGUUGAACGAGGCAAAGGAAGAGAUGACACAUGGAGGACCUGUGGGUCAGAAGAGAGACCCGAAGGAGUGGAUCCCCCGUCCCCCAGAGAGAUAUGCACUGAGCGGGCACCGUGCUCCAGUCACACGUGUCAUAUUCCACCCUGUCUUCUCUGUAAUGGUCACAGCUUCGGAGGAUGCUACCAUCAAAGUCUGGGACUAUGAGGCAGGAGAUUUUGAGCGGACCCUGAAGGGCCACACAGACUCUGUGCAGGACAUCUCCUUUGACCAGACAGGAAAGCUGCUGGCUUCAUGUUCAGCUGACAUGAGCAUCAAACUUUGGGACUUUCAAGGGUUUGAGUGCAUCCGCACAAUGCAUGGCCACGAUCACAAUGUGUCGUCUGUAGCCAUCAUGCCAAAUGGUGACCACAUAGUGUCGGCCUCCAGAGACAAGACCAUCAAGAUGUGGGAGGUGGCGACUGGGUACUGUGUGAAGACAUUUGCAGGCCACAGGGAGUGGGUGAGGAUGGUGCGUCCCAACCAGGACGGUUCAUUGAUCGCCAGCUGCUCCAACGAUCAGACGGUGCGUGUGUGGGUGGUGGCCUCGAAGGAGUGCAAAGCUGAGUUGCGGGAGCAUGAACAUGUGGUCGAGUGUAUCUCCUGGGCCCCUGACAGUGCUCACCCUACCAUCCUGGAGGCAACAGGUUCAGAGAGCAAAAAGAGUGGAAAGCCUGGCCCCUUCCUUCUCUCUGGAUCUAGAGAUAAAACGAUCAAGAUGUGGGACGUCAGCAUUGGCAUCUGCCUUAUGACUCUGGUGGGUCACGACAACUGGGUGCGUGGGGUAUUGGUUCACCCUGGAGGAAGAUUCAUAGUGAGCUGUGCUGAUGACAAAACCAUUAGGAUCUGGGACUACAAGAACAAACGCUGCAUGAAGACCCUGUGUGCCCAUGAACACUUUGUUACCUCUCUGGAUUUCCACAAGACUGCUCCCUACGUGGUCACAGGCAGUGUCGAUCAGACAGUCAAAGUCUGGGAGUGCCGCUGAGACCGCCUCCGUCUCUUGCCCUGUCCUUCCCCUUCCCGAAUCUCCAAGUUAUUCUAAGGCCCCUUCCCUGCCCCACCCUCCUCAGCCCUCCUCCUGUCCAUACACCCAGUCCAGCCCCCUCACCUCUCGCACUCCAAACCAUAGGUGAUCAUGGCGCUUUACCUUUUCCCCGUCCCCUCGCCUCGCUAACCUCUCCUUCCUUUCUUCCCUACAUCAGUCCAGCCCUAUUAAGAUGACUAUUGUCCUUUUAUGUAAAUUAUUCUGGAUGUAGGGUACGCUUAAUAAAUGUCACGCAAUCUCUGACACAUAAACACACUCAAAAGAUAAGAAGUAUUCCUUGCAUGGUUAAUCAAACAAAAAAUUGUAUACUGUUAAAUUUGCCGAAUUUGCAUACUGUUGUCAUCACUUCCCGUCAGGUCUAAGGGUAAAGAUCCUUGUGUGCUGGCGCAGGUGGAUUUCGGUUAGCUGACUAACUGCACCUCUUGUUAAAGGGGUUUAUUUGUCUGUUUUGCUUGGUUUUACUCCAUGCCUUCAUUGUUGUGGUCUGUCACUGCGAGGAUGGUGAAAGAGAAGGGGUGAGGAAAGUAAGCGUGGAAGAAAUGAGUGGAAGCUGUCCAGGAGAAAUAUGAAACAAGUUAAAGAAAAUAACUAACCAGGAUGCAGUUCCCUAGUCAAAUCACAGAAGGUUCUGUGGGCGAGUGCACGUGUACAUGUGUGUAUACUUUGUGCGAGUGUGUGUUUGUAUAUUAUGACAGGAGAAUCUCUCCACUGCCUCUGCUCUGAAGCUCAGAGAAGAGAGGGGAGGCAAAGCUUCUCACCCACUGUGUUCAUUCAUACUACUUCAUCUCUUUUAACGAAACUUGCUUUCUAGUAGACACUCACAGGACCUUAAUGAUCCCAAAGCUGCUGAUAGCACAGGCACACGCCCCAUAGCAAAAGUGUGUUUUACAGAGGAAAGAAUCUGCUCACCUUUUCUGAGGUUUGUGUGUGUGUGUGUGUGUGUGUAUGUCGGCCCAGAGAAAAUCGCCCAGUGCCCUCUUGCUUGCUAUCUCUGCCUUGUUAACCCAUUGAGGGCUCCCUCACACGGGAUUUUCAUUAUGCUUUCUGUGGUCUCACUGCUCUCUUUACACACAUAUACACAUACACUCACAAUUGCACAUACACACACAGUAAAAGUUGUGUAUCAAUAUAUCUGGAUGUCAUUGUUUGCAACAUAAUGAAAUAAAAUUCUGUAAAUAUAA